AUGCCGACGCCGAUUCCGCAACCACCAGGUCUCCCGAUCUUGGGUAAUCUGUUCGAUCUCAAACCGGGCAAUACUUGGGGUUCCUUCAACAAAUUAGCGGUCAAGUAUCGUCCCAUCUUCAAAAUCAGCGUCGUCGGCCACGACAUCGUCUUCGUUACCAGUGCGAAGCUUCUCGAGGAGAUCUGCGAUGAGAAGCGCUUCCGUAAAUGUGUAACGGGUCCCAUCGUCGAGAUCCGCCAGGCUGUCCACGACAGUCUGUUCACAGCGUACCACAAUGAAGAAAGCUGGGGCAUUGCACACCGUAUCAUGGCACCGCUGGUCUCCCCCGACGCUGUCGCGGAGGCCUUUGCAGGCAUGCGCGAGACCACUAAAGAUCUCAUCCAGAAAUGGACGGCCGGCCCGCGACAACGGGUCAACGUCUGCAACGACCUGGACCGACUGAACCAUGCCGCCAACAUGCUCUGUUUCUUUGACCAGCGCAUCCACUGCCUCGAGGGACAGGAGCCGUCGGUUAUCAAGGCCAUGGAUGCCGCGACAAAUGAAGCCAUGCGCCGAGCUGCCCGCCCCAAGCUCCUCAACUGGCUCAUCUACCAGCGUCGCUUCAACGCCUACAACCGAACUAUGCGCGACUACGCCGCCGAGAUUGUCGCCCAGCGUCGUGCCUAUCCGACCGACAAGAAGGACCUGCUGGAUGCCCUCCUGCACGGCAAGGACCCGCAGACGGGCCUGGCCCUCACGGACAGCCAGCACCUCGAUGAGAUUAUCAACAUCUUUAUUGGAAGUGCGACGUCCCCCAAUCUCGUCUCCUUCGCCCUAUACUACCUCAUGAAGCACCCGCAGGAAAUUACCCGCGCGCGCGAGGAGAUCGAUGGCGUCGUCAUCGACCAGCUGGAACACAGGCAUCUCGCCUCUCUGCCCUACUGCGAAGCCAUCCUGCGUGAGUCGCUGCGACUCUGCGCCACCGCGCCAGGGUUCAACAUCGAGCCCAUCCCCGGCCAGGAGGAACCGGUCCUGCUGGCUGGCGGCGAGUAUCAGAUCCCCAACAAGCAGCCGAUGAUCGCACUGCUGUCCGCUGUGAACCGGGACCCCGAGGUAUUCGAGGAACCGGACGCGUUCAUCCCCGAGCGGAUGGUGGGUGAGAAUUACGAACGGCUGCCGGCCGGCGUCAAGAAAGGAUUUGGCAACGGCAAGCGCCAGUGCUUCGGCACGCGCUUUGCGUGGGAAUGGUGCUUUAUGGUCCUCGUCACGAUCCUCAGGGAGGUGAACUUUGAUCUGGCGGAUAAGCAGUACCAGACUGCAGUGGAGGGGAUCAAUUACAACGGAGCCUUUAGUACGAAGCCGCUGGGACUCUUUGCUGUUACCGGGCCUCGACAGAGGUUAUGA